AUGCUCGCCGUGGGCCCCGUCGAGCUCAAGAUGGCCAAGCGGUAUAACAUCGACAUCCACUUCGCCCCCCUCCCCGCUGUUUACUGUUGCCAUCCGAAAGACAUGCUGCUGGAAUCCAAGCCGUCCGGGCUGCUCUACACCCGCAACUCGAUCGAGUACCGCUCGCAGUCCGUGCGCGUCGCCCGGCACACCUCCGUCGCGGUCCCCGCAUACUCCGCCUACGCACCCGAGGUUCCAACCGACCUCCCGCCGCCGUCCUACAACGAGAUCAUCGCCUCCUUCGCGCGCGAGCGCGAGCGCGACCUCCCGCCCCCUCCGACCGACAAAGACGUCUCCGCCUCCUUUUCUUCUUCCCCGCUCCCUUCACCCGGCCCGAAAGACGUCGCGGCCAGCGGGCCCAGCCGACGCGCUGCCGCCCUCCCGGUAGUCCGCGUGCACGAGGUACCCGAAGAAGAGGAGGAGGACACUAGGAGCGUGCUCGACCUCUCUCCGAACGGGAUCGCGGAACCCGUGGGCUUCGGCCGCAUGCCGAGCCCCGCCUUCAGCUACGAGCCGUUCGAGACCGUCUGGUUGUACGCGAAGGAGAAGACGCUCGAGCACGGCUGGCCGUUGACCGCGCCCAAGUCGCUCGCGGCACGCCAGACCGCGCACCCGUUCUCGACGCACGACGUGCGCGAGACGGACUGGCGGAGAUUCUUGGGCGAUCUGGAAUUCGGCGCGCGGGGCGCGUGGGUGCCCAUGCCCGAAACGAGCAAGGGCAAAGGCUGGCAGCUCUUCGGGAGCAAGCCGACCAAGGAGCGCGAGCGUCUGCUAAAGCAAGAGCAAGAGCGGCUCGUCAUGCAGAUCAUCCUCACGUGGAACCACUUACUCAUCCACCAGCGCUUCUUUGGUCUACGCCGGAUGGAAGUCUACCUCUUCAAAGGCUCCGAGCGACUCAAACCCGGCUCCGCCCACCUCUCUUCCACCGCCGCAGCUUCCUCGCAUUCGCAAGUGCACCUGGACUCGCCCUCCUCGACGUCCGCCUCUCCAGGCGAACUCGCCCCGCCCGCCCCAGUACUACGCCACCGUGCCUCCUCGUUCGCCUCCUCCUCCUCCAGCUCCGACUCCGACUCUGACGAUUCCUCCGACUCGGAUUCCGAUUCGGACGACGACCGAUCGAUCGCCUCUUCCUCCGCCUCCACCCAUCCUACAAACAACGGCAAUAACAGCAACUCCGCAUCGAAGAAGGCGGCUCGGAAGGAACAGCGCGAAUGCGCGCGGGCGGCGAAGCACGAGCGGCGGAUGGAACAGCGGGCGAGGAAGGAGGAGCGACGGCGGCACAAGCGCGAGCGCCGGCACGCGCGCGAGCAGAAGCGGGCGGAGAGGCGCGAAGCCGGACGUGCGUUCAAGGACGGCUACAGCCUCGUCAUCGUCGCGCUGAAGGGCAGCGUAUGA